AUGCGUUAGUAACGGAUCAUUUGAGAUCCCGACGGCUGCCGUAGGGGUCUGGCCGGGCAGCAGUAUAUUUUGCUUCCAACAAAGUAGGCUCACCCCGCCGAGGCCGACACCAAAACAUCUAACACAGUCUGCUGCACGUGUGUGUUUCGGGAUGAUGACGGUAGACCGACAGAAAUGGCUCCUGGUUGAAUGUGGAAUUUUCUAGAAGCACCGUGGACUCCGAGCAGAAGGAGCCUAGCAGGCGGAGGCCGCGAAGGAACAGUCUAGCAGCACCCGGGUGAAACGAAAGCAGAAGUCGCCAGUUUUUGUGCGUUCAGGCGGAACUAUCACCAAAGAUCCCCGUCCCUCGUUGAACAUCCUGAUUCUGUUCUGGGAGAGUUCAGACCAGUGUCAUCGCCAAGAUAGCUGGGCCAGGCAGGAAGAGGCACACCUCAGAUCCAGACCCCAGCAGCGGCAGUGAUUCCGGCGACGGGCAUCCCGUUAGUGCCAAGUUCCUGAAGAUGGCCAGCAGCGGAGCCAGUGGUGUGGCUGGCGGUGAGACGGCGGGCCAUCACGAUGGAGCUCAGCGGAAAGGAGGCGGUGGUAGGGAGAAUGCCUCGGACCUGGCCCCCAGCACCAGUAAGAAGAAGCAGAAGGACCGGGCCAAUCAGGAGAGCAGAGAGGCUAAAAGAGCUGCAGCAGCAGCCAAUGCUUCGGUGGAUGGGGUUCUCGCGGAGGUCAAGAAAGACGUGUUUGUGGACUGGAAACAAAAUGUUAACGAAGUGACCGUCAGACUCCGCUGUGGGGACGGCGUUCAGAGGAUCGAGGACAUCAACUCCACUUUCACAGACACUCACUGCAGCGUGUCCUUCCCAGAUGGACGACAGUGGAGCUGCCAGCUGCAGGAGGAAAUUGAGGCUUCAUGUAGCAAAGUGCAGUACAAAGAAAAAGGUGGAUUCCUGCAUCUCAUCCUGCACAAGAAAAUUCCCUUUCACAUCUGGCCUUCUCUUAAGUCAAACAAGAAAGAGAAGGAGGCGGUGCAGACAGACGCCCAAAGUGAUGCAAAGCCUGUUGUCUUGGAUUCAUCAGAGAAACCUAAAUGGUCAUCAGGGCAGCCACAACCCCAGCCCCCCUCAUCGCCGGCUCUCGGUGAAUCCAGACGGAUCAACGGGAAAUCAGAGCGAGGCACGAAGCGCAGCUCGAAGAACAAAGCCUCUGACAAGGCCGCGACAGACUCUGUGUGUGUGAGAAGUGGAGCUGGAGACGGCUCCAACAUUAGCGUCAAGUCUAAGACCGUCACAAACGUUACCCAGCAACUGCAGGAGUCUGGUGCCAAGCGAACUAGCGUACCGCUGUCCAAGGUGAGAGAGGGUGAAGAAAUGGACCCAGCGUCUGUCAGGUCUACAAACGUGGAAGCCCCUCCUUCACACCUAACCACCGUCCAGAGCUUGCGUACACACAGUCAUGGAGACAACAGAGUGGAGGCGCGGGGCAGUAGAGAGGACCUGGACCUGGACGAGACAGCCAGCAGGACUCGGGUGUCAGAUAAAACAAACCAAUCAUCAGAAACGUCUGAAGCAACAGAACAAGUCCGCGAUGGCCAGCCCGUUCCUCCCGUCAUCGAUCACUCCCUCAGACCCACCGACUCGAGCCAUAAAGUGGACGCUACUUCCCUCCAAAUGCAGGGGGACCGGACAGACUCUGCACCACACAGAAAAGCUGCUGAACAUGAAUCAGGACAGGAGGCUUUAAUCUCACAGCAACAUGAAGACUCAACAGAGAUGCUUUCAGCUCCAGCUGCCUGUGUGGCUGCCAGGCAAAGCUGGGAUGGGGAGGAGAAGCAGGACCAGUCUAAAGAAGAAGCCCCUCUGGAGAUGAUGCAACAACAAGAGCCCAUGGUGAACCUGCAGGCUGUAAAGAACGACUCGUAUGAGAAGGGCACAGACCUGAUGGUGGUGAACGUUUACCUUAAGGGGGUCUGCAGAGACACCGCCAGGGUCAUCUUCAGAGAGCAAGACUUUACGCUCAUCUUUCAGACCAGCGACAGAAACUUUCUCCGGCUUCAUCCUGACUGUGGGCCAAACACGGUCUUCAAGUGGCAAGUCAAACUCAGGAACCUGAUCCAGCCCGAGCACUGCAGCUACUCCUUCACCCCGUCCCGCCUCGACAUCACCCUGAAAAAGAGACACAGCCAGCGCUGGGGGGCUCUAGAGGCCCCGGCCACACAAGGUGCAGUGGGUGGUGCUAAGGUCGCUGUGCCCUCCGGUCCUGCCUGCAUGGACAAGACCCAGCCAGGUAGCAGCCAGCACAGCCUCCCAGCCAAGGAGGAGUCUCCCAGGGUGGGGGAGGACACGCCUAAGGCCUCGCCCAGAGGAGUGGAAGACGCUGGUCUGGACUCGGUAGCAUCUCGUACCGUCUCUGAGCACGUAGCGAUCACUAAGACAGAAUCCUCAGUGACCACACCCAAGCCUACCUGCAUGGUGCAGCCUAUGACCCAUGCACCUCCUGCCGCGGAGCGCCACGAGGAAGAGGAGGAGAAGAAGGUGUGCCUGCCUGGCUUUACAGGAUUGGUCAACCUUGGUAACACCUGCUUCAUGAACAGUGUCAUCCAGUCCCUGUCCAAUACCAGAGAACUCCGGGAUUACUUCCAUGACCGAGCGUUUGAAGCAGAAAUCAACUGCAGCAACCCUCUGGGAACAGGAGGAAGACUCGCCAUCGGCUUUGCUGUGCUGCUCAGGGCUCUUUGGAAAGGGACGCACCACGCCUUUCAACCGUCAAAGCUCAAGGCGAUCGUCGCCAGUAAAGCCAGUCAGUUCACUGGUUACGCUCAACACGACGCGCAGGAGUUCAUGGCGUUCCUGUUGGACGGACUCCACGAGGACUUGAACCGCAUCCAGACUAAACCGUACACGGAGACGGUGGACUCUGAUGGACGACUCGAUGAGGUGGUGGCAGAGGAGGCGUGGCAGAGGCACAAGAUGAGGAACGACUCCUUCAUCGUGGACCUCUUCCAAGGCCAGUUUAAGUCUAAACUCGUGUGCCCCAUGUGCUCUAAGGUCUCCAUCACUUUCGAUCCGUUCCUGUACCUCCCGGUCCCGUUGCCCCAGAAACAAAAGGUCCUCUCUGUUUUUUACUUUGCUAAGGAGCCACAUAAAAAACCAGUUAAGUUUUUGGUGAGUGUGAGUAAGGAGAACUCCAGCACAGAGGAAGUCCUCGAGUCCAUCUCCAGGAGUGUGAGGGUCAAACCUGAGAACCUCAGACUGGCAGAGAUUGUAAAAAACCGUUUUCAGCGCUCGUUUCUGCCGUCGCACUCGCUGGACACCGUGUCCGCCUCUGACACGCUGUUCUGCUUUGAGGUGCUUUCUAAAGAUCUGGCCAAAGAGAGGGUGGUUUUGCUCAAAGUGCAGCAGAAACUCCAGGUGCCAAAUAUCUCCAUCUCCAAGUGCGCAGCGUGCCUGAAACCGCCGGUGUCUGACGAAGACAAGCUGAAGAGAUGUACUCGCUGCUAUCGGGUCGGCUACUGCAAUCAAGUUUGUCAGAAGACACACUGGCCCAGUCACAAGAGUCAGUGUCGCCCCAACUCCGAACACGUGGGUUUUCCCUUCCUGGUCAGCGUGCCAGAGUCUCGUCUCUCCUACGCCCGUCUCUCCCAGCUCCUAGAGGGCUACUCCAGGUUUUCUGUCAAUGUAUUCCAGCCUCCGUUCCAGUCAGGAAGGACAUCUCCUGAAACCUCCCAGUCUCGUUUAGAUGUCGCACCAAUGCCAGCAGGCUCUGUGGAUGAGGCUGUGGCUGGCAGCAGCACUGCAGGAUCAGGUGGCCUGGUCUCUGAGAGCCACUCGCAGCUUCCCGACGGUCAAGCUGAAGAGUCUCAGUCCUCAGCCGUCCACUCUGAGGCAUCAGGAUCGCCGUCCCCAUCCCAGACGUCUCUCUCAACCACAAGGACUACUGGUUCUGGCUUCUCGGAGUCGUUGGACCCUCAUGCAGAAAAAGAAACGUCCUGUGAGAAAGCAUUGAGACCAGAAGCUGCAGUAACAGGUUACCAGCAGCCGAAUGAGUCGGCAUCGGGUCACGCCAGCCCCUUCUACAUCGCUCUGCUGGACUCCAGCAACAAGGAGCAAAGGCUGGACGAGAAAGAAGACGUCCUAGCAGACCUUCCUGAGGACACCACCCUGGAGCUGGUGUGGAAAAACAACGAGCGCGUAAAGGAGUACGUGCUGGUGAGCUCCAAGGAGCUGGAGUACGACGAGGACCCCGGCUCUUUGAGCGAGACGGCCAGAGCGGGACAUUUCACUCUGGAGCAAUGCUUGAAUCUCUUCACCAAGCCAGAGGUGCUGGCGCCAGAGGAAGCCUGGUACUGUCCAAAGUGCCAGCAGCACCGCGAGGCCUCCAAGCAGCUGUUGCUCUGGCGUCUGCCCAACGUCCUGAUCAUCCAGCUCAAGCGCUUCUCCUUCAGAAGCUUCAUUUGGAGAGAUAAGAUCAACGACAUGGUUGACUUUCCCGUCCGGAACCUCGACCUGAGCAAGUUCUGCAUCGGCCAGAAGGACGAGAUGCAACAGCCUCCUGUUUACGACCUGUACGCAGUCAUCAAUCACUACGGAGGAAUGAUCGGAGGCCACUAUACCGCUUACGCUCGCCUGCCAAGUGACAAGAACAGCCAGCGCAGUGAUGUUGGCUGGCGUCUGUUUGAUGACAGCACUGUGACGAUGGUGGACGAGAGCCAAGUGGUGACGCGUUACGCGUACGUCCUUUUCUACCGCCGACGGAAUUCCCCCGUGGAGAGGCCUCCGCGCUUCCUGAGACCCGUCACGGCCGAGUCCCCCACAGCUGCAGGAGAUGCCGCCAGCCAGACGUCGAGUCAGUCGCUGUUCGGAACGGACCUGCACCCUGAAGGACCGCCGAGCCUGACCCCCGAGGUACCCGCUGACCUUUUUGUCCCGUCUUCAGAGUGUGCGGCUCCAUCCUAUAGCAACAUGGAGGAGGUGGACUGAUGAGGGAAACGCCAGGGGAAGCGGUGCUCGGUUGAGAACUCACCUGUGGUGGUGGCUGGCGCCUUAAUCGGUUGUCCAGAAAACUAAAACAAAAAAAAUCUGAACAAAAGGGGGUCGUAACUGCACUCGGAUCAGGUGACCCACACCCACAAACGAGUAAAGCAACGUUUCCAUUAAGAUUUAACAAACUGAAUACGUGUAGUUCUGUCCAUCCAUCUCGUUUGAAGCGGAGAACUUUGAGCCGACCUGAUCCUGGCUGUCGCUGUGCUUGACUUUAGGUUAAACGUGUACUUAUAGUGGUGUUUGUUAAAAUGUGUGUAAAUGAUCUCUUAAAGGCUUUUUUCUGUUGCUUCUACGUUGUACAAAAGAGGGGUGCUAACCUUUGACCUUUUUCCUUCCUUACUGCAGAGGGCACAAGCUUUUUUUUUUUUGGUUGCUUUCCAGAAUUAACUUGGCUUGUUUCUGACUGUUUUUCUACUGUUUUAGGUAUUUGAUCCUGUGGAUGCAAUUGUGAGAAGGCUUCAGUAUAAACUGAAAUAUGCAUGACUGCAUGUUCAUACAGGUUGUGACCUCUGCCCUCUGUAAAAACCCAACCCAAGCCACCGCGACAUGUUGGGUUCAUCGUUUUCAUUUUUCUUCUGUUUUGCAUCGGUCUCACCUCUCCCCUUCUGCGUACUUAAGGUGGGAAUCAUUAAUAUUGCUGCUGUGGAGACUAUAAAUGGUUAAUAUAAAUAAAAUGCUGAGUCAUGCUAA